UGUGACGUAAUAGCCUCGCGAGAUGAGAUGUGUGACGUUUCGAUUAGCUGUCCGAAAAGGAGCCAGAAGUUAGCGGGAGUUUUAAACAUCGGUCCGGGACUGCGGGCUGUGUCAAGAAAAUCGUUAGUGUCCCGUUCAGAUCGCUAUUGCUAAGCGAUACAAAAACAACAUGGCAGUUCCAUUUGUUGAAGACUGGGAUCUUGUCCAGACUCUUGGGGAAGGGGCAUAUGGAGAAGUGCAGCUGGCAGUGAACAGGAAAACCGAGGAAGCCGUAGCAGUGAAGAUUGUAGACAUGACGCGUGCCGCGGAUUGUCCAGAAAACAUCAAAAAGGAGAUCUGUAUCAAUAGGAUGCUUAGUCACACGAAUAUUGUAAGAUUUUAUGGACAUCGAAGGGAAGGCAAAAUUCAGUACCUCUUUCUGGAGUAUUGUCGAGGUGGUGAGCUCUUUGAUCGCAUAGAACCUGACGUUGGAAUGCCUGAGCAAGAUGCACAGAAAUUUUUUCAGCAACUGAUUGCUGGUGUGGAAUACCUGCACAGCAUUGGAAUAACUCACAGAGAUAUUAAGCCUGAGAACUUACUUUUAGAUGACAGAGAUCAUCUGAAAAUCUCUGACUUUGGUUUAGCAACGGUGUUCAGACACAAUGGCAAAGAAAGACUUUUAAACAAGAUGUGUGGAACCCUUCCCUAUGUUGCACCAGAACUCAUUAAGUCCAGGGCUUUUCAUGCAGAGCCAGUGGAUUUGUGGUCAUGUGGAAUUGUACUGACUGCCAUGUUAGCAGGAGAGUUACCAUGGGAUCAGCCAAACGAAGUAUGCCAGGAGUAUUGUGACUGGAAGGAAAAAAAUCACUAUCUCACUCCAUGGAAAAAAAUAAGUGCUACCCCUCUAGCAUUGCUGUGUAAAAUGUUAACAGAAAAUCCACAAAGCAGAAUAACCAUUCCAGACAUAAAGAAGGACCGCUGGUUUACAGAAGUUAUUAAGAAAGGACUUAAGAGAAGCCGCUUUAUGUCUGGAGGCUCUUCAGAUUCUUCAGUGCUUUGUAAGCAGAUCCGAUCAGAUAUUGAUCUCUCGCACAUCUCUCACAGUGAAGACAAAACUGCAUAUUCUAGUACACAACCAGAGCCACGGACUGCCUUGGCAGCAUGGGACAGCAAUAGUUCUGACAUAAACAAUUUGGUGCAAGGAAAAGGCAUCAGUUUCUCUCAGCCUGCCUGUCCUGACAACAUGCUUUUGAGCAGCCAGUUGAUUGGUACUCCAGGUUCCUCUCAGAAUGUUUGGCAACGUUUAGUCAAAAGGAUGACCAGGUUCUUUACAAAAGUGGAUGCUGAAAGCUCAUAUAGCAAUUUGAUGGACAAUUGUGAAAAGAUGGGAUAUGUUUUAAAGAAGUCUUGUGCUAACCAGGUGACCCUAUCAACUACUGACAGAAGAAAUAAUAAAUUAAUCUUUAAGGUGAACCUUGUGGAAAUGGAAGACAGGAUUCUGUUAGAUUUUAGACUUUCUAAGGGUGAUGGGCUGGAGUUUAAAAGGCAUUUCCUGAAGAUCAAAAAGAAGAUGGAUGCUAUUGUUGCAGUCCAAAAAGUUGUGCCUGCUUCCUGAUCUGUAAUUUAAGGUUACAUCGGAAUCCGUUGUUAUUACCAUUACCCUCCUCCACAAAUUGCUGUUUAAUAUUUUGCUCGUCCUCCACGUUUUUUU